AUGGCGGAUACUGUAGAGAAAGUCCCCACCGUUGAGGCAUCUUCAUCCUCCGCAGAAGCAUCAUCAAUCUCCGGAGAGAAGACAGAGCCCACGACGGUCGAGAAGAAAAAGUGGGGCGAUGUUGAGGAUGACGAUGAAGAAGAUGCAAAAAACGCAAUCUCAGAGCUCAAUUCUUUGAGUAUUGAGGAAGAAGAGAAACGUGAGUCUGUGCUUGAAGAACCCGAAGAUGCAAACAUCAAAGCGGUUACUUCCGGUGAUACACCAUAUACAUCAGCAAGUAGGUUUGAAGAUUUGAACUUAUCACCUGAGUUGAUGAAAGGAUUGUAUGUUGAGAUGAAAUUCGAAAAGCCGAGCAAGAUCCAAGCAAUCAGUUUGCCUAUGAUUAUGACACCUCCUCACAAGCAUCUGAUUGCUCAGGCGCAUAAUGGAUCUGGCAAGACGACAUGUUUCGUUCUUGGAAUGCUGAGUCGGGUUGAUCCGACGCUGAGAGAGCCUCAAGCCCUUUGUAUCUGUCCCACUAGGGAAUUGGCAAACCAGAAUAUGGAAGUUCUUCAGAAGAUGGGGAAGUUUACCGGGAUCACUGCUGAAGUGGCUGUCCCAGAGACGAAUAGAGGUGUAAAUAUCGCAAAACGAGCACCUGUUUCUGCCCAAGUGGUGAUUGGCACCCCUGGAACACUUAAGAAGUGGAUGUCAUUCAAGAAAUUAGGUCUAAACCAUUUGAAGAUUCUGGUUUUUGAUGAGGCUGACCAUAUGCUUGCUACGGAUGGUUUUAGGGAUGAUUCCUUGAAGAUAAUGAAAGACAUUGAGAGAGUUAAUCCAAAUUUUCAGGUUCUUCUUUUCUCGGCUACUUUUAACGAAACCGUCAAAGAUUUUGUUGCGAGGACAGUCAAGGACCCCAACCAACUGUUUGUAAAAAGAGAGGAUCUAGCUUUGGACUCAGUGAAGCAGUAUAAAGUAAUUUGCCCGAGGGAGGAAAACAAGAUUGAAGUCAUCAAGGAUCAGAUUAUGGAGCUUGGGGAUAUUGGCCAGACUAUAAUAUUUGUGAGAACAAAGGCGUCUGCAAACAAAGUGCACAAAGCUCUUGCGGAAAUGGGGUAUGACGUCACCAGUGUUCAUGGCAGUAUGACAGAAGUGGACAGAGAUAAAAUCGUGAAGGAGUUCAAAGACUGCCUUACUCAAGUUCUCAUAGCGACUGAUGUCAUUGCAAGAGGUUUUGACCAACAGCGGGUGAAUUUGGUCGUGAAUUACAACCUGCCGACUAAAUAUGAAACUGGUGAGCCCGAUUACGAGGUCUAUCUUCACAGGGUUGGAAGGGCUGGCCGGUUUGGGCGUAAAGGAGCUGUCUUCAACCUCCUCCUAGACGGGAGUCGGGAUAGAGAGGUUAUGGAGAAGAUUGAGAAGUAUUUUGGAGCUGUUGUUAAGGAGAUCAAGUCUUGGAACUCAGAGAAAGAGUAUAAAGGCGCACUCAAGGAAGCUGGCCUACUCGAGGAGUGA